CUUAUUAAUACUUCUAUUACUUAUAUAAAUGUCAUUUUGACAAUAUAUUUUACACCUUUAUGCGCUAAAAUAAUAUCAAUCUCCAUGGAAUUUAAAGAUAUAUCUCAUUCAUUAUCGCCAUGUAAAAAUAUUAUAUUAGAGGCCAAAAGAACCCUUAUAUGUGAAAAUAUAGAGGCAUUUGCAAAUACAGUUUUAGAAAGCCCUCUCUUCAAAAAUCUCACUACAGUUGAGAAGACGCCACUUAAUAUUAUAGAUAGUUCGGAAGAAAGUGAGGUGCUUAAUCGUAAUUCCAGCACAAGUUCUUCAUUGGAUAACUCCGUACUUUCUAUAAAAGAGGAAGAUCUACCACCUGAGAGGGCUCUUCUUAAAAUCUACUUUCAUAAAUGGAAAAACAACAUAAAACAAAAAUCUACUGAUAAACCAACAUUGGAAAAAUUCAUUACCAAUCUAAAGCAUUAUCAAAAAAAAUCUGUUGCUAAAGUUAAGUCAAAAAAAGAGACAAAACAAAUUUCUUCGCCCCACAGCAAUUUCCAAAAUAGAUAUAAGGCACAAACAUUUAUUAUAAACAGUCAAAAAGCAAAACUGGAGGAACAAGAAAAAAUUAUCAGCGAGCUUAAGUUAGGAAUUAUCCGCGAAGACCUGUUAAAAUCAAUAGAAAACACUAAAUUCCAAAUAAAAAAUAUAUUUGCCAACUGUUCAGAAACCCUGUUAAAGAAAGCUCCUUUGGUAAAAUCAUCAGAGGAAAGAGAUCAAAUAAUGAUCAGUUCUCAAAAAGCGCCGAAGUUUGUACAACACAUGGAGCAUAGGGCAAUUGAAAGGGCAAAAUAUAGAGACAUGAUUUUAGAGCGAAAAAAAGUUUUAGAAGAAGCGCGUCAAAGACUUUUAGAAGAAGCAAUUGAGAAGAAACGAGUCUUGGAAGAAGAAGAACGUAAAAAGAAUUUAGAAUUAAUUAAUGAACAGCGCAGGAAAGAUUUAGAGCUGCGAAAAACGAGGCAAAAAAAUAGAGAAAUAUUUGAACAAAAACUAAAAAAAGCUGAACACUUUUACAACUGUUUACUAGUCAAACAGUGUUUUCAGAAACUGAUUUCAAAUUAUCACAAUUCUUUGUACAAUCAUUCUUUAGCUACUAGUCAUUAUUUGCACAAAGAAAAACUAAAAGCUUUCAAAGGCUGGAUGGGGUAUGUGGAGUCAAAGUACGAAAUCAAGUACCAAAUUGCUGACGAACAUAAAAACUAUAAAUUACUGAGACAUAGUUUUAAUAUCUGGAAAGAGUUUAAGUUGGAUUGUAUGAGAUCAAGACAAGUCGCUGAAGAUAUUUAUGACUUUAGGUUGACAAAUAGGGUAUUUGUACAUUGGUAUAGAUAUGUGUGUAAACAAAUAAUGAUAGAAUAUAAAAAGAUGAAUAUAGCUAAAGAACAUAAUAACAGGCGGAUGUUGUUUCAUUAUUUUUAUUUGUGGAAAUCGUUGCCAGCAGUACUACAGCUUGAAAAGGCGAGGGACGAAAGAAAAAGAAAAUGGCGGGAAAAAGUUUGGGAAGUGCUGCCCGAUUUUAAACCACCCGAACCGUUAUAAAUAUCUUUAAUAGAGAAAAAACGGCGUCAAGUUUCCUUAGAAAUGACUAUCUUUACAUUUACUCAUAUAUCUAAAAUGAUAUGGUAAAUGUCAUUGAUAGUCAUUGCAAGCCAAAUAUGGCACCGUUUUUUUUUCGACCGUAUGGUAUAGGAUAAUUUAAUAAUAAAACUUUAGUAUUACAUAACAAAGUAAUUGUGAAUAUUUUUAUACACACAAAAUAUUAA